UGCUAUAAUAAGUGUUGGAGCCGCCCCGGAGGCUCUGCUCUCCAGCAGUGAGACACACACACACACACACACAGAGAGAGUUUGGCUUCAGUAUCAGUGUCAGCCCUGAGCAGGACUCGGGGUUAGGAAUGUCAAUAUGGCUGCAGACAUCGGAGAGCUGUUGGUGCCCUAUAUGCCAACCAUCAGAGUGCCCAGAGCGGGGGACAGGGUCUACAAGAGCGAGUGCGCCUUCUCCUUUGACUCUCCAGAAUCUGAAGGAGGUCUGUAUGUGUGUAUGAGCACAUUUCUUGGGUUUGGAAGAGAACACGUAGAGAGACAUUACCGGAAGACGGGACAAUGUGUCUACAUGCAUCUGAAACGAACUGUAAAAGUGAAACCCACUGGAGCAUCAGGUGGGGCACUGCCAAAGAGAAGAUCACCUAAGGUGUUUCUGGAUCUGGAACAGAACAAAGAUAUGAACCAUGAAGAUUAUGAAUAUGAAGAUGAAGCUAAACUCAUCAUAUUUCCUGAUCACUACGAGAUUCCUUUGCCUAACAUAGAGGAGUUGCCAGCACUGGUCACGAUAGCCUGUGACGCUGCCCUCACAGCUAAAUCCCCGUACAGGAGGCAGGAACCGGAAUUGUGGGAAGAGGAGCUGAAAGACUCGAAACACGCAAACAGCCUCCAACAACUGAACAAUAGUGUCAGAAUCCCACCCAGUGGCUGGAAAUGUUCCAGGUGCAACCUCAGGGAGAACCUGUGGCUGAACCUGUCAGACGGCUCCAUAUUGUGUGGGAAAUGGUUCUUCGAUGGGAGCGGUGGGAACGGACAUGCCUUGGAACACUACCGAGAGACGAGCUACCCUCUGGCUGUGAAGUUAGGCACCAUUAGCCCAGACGGGGCAGAUGUGUACUCGUUUGCGGAGGAGGAGGUGGUCCUGGACCCCAGUAUUGCUGAGCACUUGAUGCACUUUGGUAUCGACAUGCUGAGAAUGCAGACGUCAGAAACUGUCAAGCUCGACAGUGACAUCAAGCAGCGGAUCAGUGAAUGGCAGGUGGUCCAGGAGUCCGAGAUGAAGUUGAAGCCAAUCUAUGGCCCAGGAUACACAGGCAUCAGGAACCUCGGGAACAGCUGCUAUCUCAGCUCCGUCAUGCAAAUCAUCUUCAGCAUCCCAGACUUCCAGAGAAGAUAUGUUGGAAACCUCCAAAGAAUAUUUGACUAUUCCCCACUGGAUCCAACGCAAGACUUUGAAACGCAGAUGACUAAGCUAGGGCACGGACUUCUCUCAGGUCACUACUCCAAACCCCCAGUGAAAUAUGACAUUAUUGAGCAGCCGAUGAAAGAAGCCUACAAGCCUCAGCUACAGGGGAUUGUUCCCCGGAUGUUCAAGGCCUUGGCUGGGAAAGGACAUCCUGAAUUCUCAUCCCAUCGGCAGCAGGAUGCCCAGGAAUUCUUUAUGCACUUAGUGAACCUGAUCGAGAGGAACAGAAAUGGUUCAGAUGAUCCCAGUGACGUGUUUCGCUUUAUGGUUGAAGAACGUGUCCAGUGUUGCCAGUCCAGAAAAGUCAAAUACACCCAGAGGGUCGAUUACCUGAUGCAACUCCCUAUUGUGUUACAGGCGGCUACGAACAAAGAGGAACUCAUAGCAUAUGAGACGAAGAGAAGAGAAGCUGAGAUUAGCAAACGGCCUCCGCCAGAGCCGGUCCGUGCCAGGAUCCCAUUCACUGCCUGUCUCCAGGCCUUCGCAGAACCAGAAAACGUGAAUGAAUUCUGGAGCAGCGCACUCCAAGCUAAAUCAGCAGCAGUCAAAACGUUCCACUUUGCCUCAUUUCCUGAAUACUUGGUUAUUCAAAUCAAAAAAUUUACCUUUGGUGUGGACUGGGUGCCAAAGAAAUUAGAUGUCUCCAUAGACAUGCCUGACCUACUAGACAUCUCCUUUUUAAAAGCCAAGGGUUUACAGCCCGGAGAGGAGGAGCUGCCUGAUAUUACUCCACCCAUCGUCUUCCCAGAUAGACACAAAGAUCACCCGUUGAACCAUUUUAUGGAGUUUCCUGAAAUCGAGGAGUCAUCAGUAAUGCAGCUGGCUGAGAUGGGCUUUCCCCUGGAGGCGUGUCGGAAAGCUGUCUACUAUACGGGCAGCAUGGGGGCUGAGGUGGCCUUUAACUGGAUCAUUGCACACAUGGAAGAACCUGAUUUUGCUGAGCCGCUGUCGCUAUUGGGAUAUAAUGAAGCUUCUCUCCCAGAGGUGGGCCUGGCUGGAGGAGCCUCUGCCGUAGAGAAACAGCCGCCAGAGGAGAUUGUUGCCAUUAUCACAUCCAUGGGAUUCUCCAGGAACCUCGCUAUUCAAGCCUUGAAAUCAACUAAUAAUAACCUGGAGCGAGCACUGGACUGGAUCUUCACACACGCGGACAGUGAGGAGGAGAGUGAAGUAGCGUCUGAUACAGAGACCAAUGUCAAUGCAGAAGCAGAGGCAGAACCUGCAGGGCCCAGAAUCAGGGAUGGACCUGCAAGAUAUGAGCUCUUUGCCUUUAUUAGCCAUAUGGGAACAUCCACAAUGUCUGGCCAUUAUGUUUGCCAUAUCAAAAAAGAGGGAAGGUGGGUUCUCUACAACGAUCACAAAGUCUGUGCCUCAGAGAAACCUCCGAAAGACCUGGGAUACAUCUACUUCUACCAGCGCCUGGCCUUCUAGUACCCAGACCUGUGAUUGACAGCCGUGGCCUUGGCUCUUCCCAAAGAGCAGCACAAACACUACAAACUGUCAGAGCUCAGGGGGAGAGACUGGAUCCCUGAUUUACUGCAAAUACCUUAUUUAUAGAAAACAAAGCUAAAAUGGAAUAUGAUGCCUGACAUAAGAGGGAUGAUUUUUAUCGUUUAUAUUAUUAUUUGUUGUUUUUAUUUCAAAGCAGCAUCUUUAGCGAAGCUGAAGAAACGUAUCGGAGUGUGUGCAAUCACUUUUAAGCACUGUCUCACACAUCAAAAUGAGUUCACUUCUUUCCCUUUGUGUCACUCUGCCGGUUCCCUCUUAUUUUAGCCUCACUUGUUGAGUUAUUGUCAUUUUUUGUUUUCUGAAUGUUCGGUGCAUAAAACACAGCAGGCCUUUAUCUUUUACAGACAAACCCUUGCUUUGGGCUUUGAGCUCCUAAACGGGAGUGUUAUUGUGUUCCGCUCCAACUAGAUUUUGAGACACACCUCAAUGAUUAAGUCAGAUUGUAAAUAUGCGCAAUCCGUGACUCGGUGCUGAUGCCAACGCUCUCGGAUCAGGAGUGUGUAGGUUGUGCUAUUCAAUCAUUAAAUCUAGAAUCACGUGUUCCUGAAUAUAGACAAUCCUUCUGCAAAUCUGGUGUCAUUGAGCGGAGUCUCUGUGAAGAACAUUGAAGUGUGACUGGCCAUUUAGCCAAUAGCAAAACCUUCCCAUCCCCACAGGCUCAGAGCCAGGCCCCAACUACUGCACAGUAAUGAAGCUCAGAUUGCCAGAAAUACUCUGCAAUAAAUACUGCACAGAAACCUGCCCGGGUCUGACAAGCCUGAGGUCAUUAUUAAGAUCUCUCGAUCUGUAGUGGUGUUUCACCAUUUCCCAUUGAAGACAAUCAACGGGAAGAAUUAAAUUAUAACAAAACACAGACUGGCGCAGUUUGAGGUUUUUAAGCCAUGUUAAGGUUCUGUAUUGCUGUAGAAUAAAUCAGUGAUUUACCAUCUAAUCUGAAAUACCACCAACAUCUCCAAGCUCCAUGAUGCCCAAACAUAAACUCUUACGCAUGAAGACUGCUUAGAGUUUUGUAAUGUGAACUCAUGCCAAUAACUGGAUUGAGAUUUUAAAGGUGAUAGAUAGAUUUUAAGAUUUUUGUAAACGUAUUAUACUGCAACACUCAAACCAAUCCCCUCCCCACCACCAUUUUGUUUUCUUAAGUAACUGCAAUAUUACAUUUCUUGAGUUACAUAAAGUGAUCCAGUAUUUGGCCCAACUCGUCUGUUUAUUCUCCACAUGAUUCUCCUAUUCCCUUCUCCGUCACGAUUGCAUCAAGUUUUUCUUAAAUACACUGAUGCUAAUUGCUUCAAUCACAGCUGCUGGCAAUGAGGUCCACAUUCUCAACAGCCUCUGAUCCUAACCUGAGGAUCUCAAUCUAAAAUGAUCAAGUUAAAGGGAAACAACAAGGCAAGGACUGUCUUUGACUGUGGCAUAUAAGGGUUGUGCAGGGAAUGUGUGUGGGAGGCAAUGAGUGUGUGUGGGGGGGGGAUCCUACCAUUCUCCAUUGUUUAGAGAACUAUUUAAAGAAAGUGUUUAUAACCAAAGAUAUAUAAGGAUGGUCCUUACAAAGGGUCUAACUAACUGACCAUGUCUGGUCAAAGGUGCUAUUGAUAUUCUUAAGGGUUUGACUUACCUCCCAACUUGUAGCAGUUGUGAUUCUUGUGGCCCCCAAAUAAGCAGCGGCCAAACCCCAGGGACCUUUGUUCCUCUCAAGAUCAACAUCAUCGUCUUUCGUCUUGUUUUCGUAAGUAAAUCUUCAUCGUAAUGUUAGUCAGUAAUGGCGAGUUACAGAGUCACUGACACAUGGUGGCAGGUGACAUUAGCAACCCUUUCAGUACAGUCAGGAACUCAAGGCUCAUCAGAAACCUGGGUGGGUGGUGUGUUUGUGUGGGUGUGGGUCUAGUGUGUGGGGGGUGGUCUUUCGGUUUCUAUUGAGAAGCGAGAGAAUGUGUAAUGUUUGAUGUGGAAAUAACCAGCAUCAGAGCUGAGAAUGUCUGCACUUCUUUGUUGCCUCUUAACUCCCCUCCCCAGGCCAGGCUCUCACUCUCCUGCAGAGGAUGACACUGCAAUUUGGUUGAUGUGAAAAUUUAAGAAACAAUCUUUGUUUGUUCUCAAUGUCCUUCACUUUGCCACCUUGGGCCUCGCUGAUCUGUAAACUUGCAGCAUUUGGGGUGAUCUUGGGAUAUUGCUCGGAAAUGCUGCUGUUAUCAGAUCCCACUCUGUGUAACCCAGACUCAUGUAAUUGGAAAUUAUUGGAAAACUUUGGUGCACAAUUUUGCCCAAUGCUGCAUGUGCACAGCACUGGAAUAGUUCAAUAAAUUGUUGUUGAAAAGUC